AUCAUUUUAUAUAUUGCACAUUCCCCUUUUUGUUUUACCAAAAGAACAGGUAUUUUGUUUGCAAGGCAUCUUCCACCACUCCUUCUUUUGGUUUUCUAUUUAGGCGACCUCCCAUCCCCGUUUGCCUCGUGUCAUCCCGCUGCCGCUGUUGCAAGUUUCAUUUCCCCGUCUCCGGCUACUUGAAACUCAUCAAAUAAGCGAGUGAGACAUAUCACAUUUUCACAAACCUAUAUCACCAACCACCCAUUCAAAGUCGGUGGUCUCAAUGUCCACUUCUAUGUCUUCAACCAUUGUAGAGGAAAAACUUAAUCCCAGUAUCGUCAAGAAGAUCCAUCGGGAAGUCAGAUUCGGUAAUUACAUUCUAGGCUCCACUCUUGGAGAAGGAGAGUUUGGAAAAGUCAAACUCGGCUGGCGCAAAGAUGGUAAGCUUCCCAACCAGGUGGCCAUCAAGCUCAUCAAACGAGAGACGUUAUCCAAAGACACGGAGCUGGAAAUCAAGACCCAUCGGGAAAUCAAUUCUUUGAAGCUACUCAGUCAUCCCAACAUCGUCAACUUGGUGGAGGUGAUGAAAAGUGGCAAGUAUAUCGGCAUAGUAUUGGAAUACGCCUCUGGCGGCGAGUUGUUCGACUACAUUUUGAAUCACAAGUACUUGAAAGAACCUCUUGCAAAGAAGUUUUUUGCCCAGCUCGUCAGUGGAGUAGAUUACAUGCAUUCAAAAGGCUUGAUACACAGAGAUUUGAAGUUGGAAAAUUUGCUUUUGGACAAGAACAAGAAUAUAAUUAUCUCUGACUUUGGAUUUGUUAACAGUUAUAAUUUGAGUUCCAAUAAUGACUUAAUGAAAACCAGUUGUGGAUCUCCAUGCUACGCGGCCCCCGAGUUGGUGUUGACUCCAAAUCCUUAUAACGGUAAAAAGGUCGACAUCUGGUCUUUAGGUGUCAUAUUGUACGCCAUGUUAGCCGGGUACUUACCGUUUGAUGAUGACCCUUCUAACGAAGAUGGCUCGGAUAUCAUAAGGUUAUACCACUACAUUUGCAAGACUCCUUUGACUUUCCCCGAGUAUAUCACUCCUUUACCAAGAGAUUUGUUACGGAAGAUCAUAGUGGCAGAUCCUAAGAAGAGAAUUAAUAUCAAUGAAAUCAGAAACCAUACUUGGCUAUCUUCAUAUGCCAACUUGUUGUCCAUCAGACAACCCGAAUGGGAUAAGAUAUACAAGGAUAAACAGACCAAGUCCAUUAGUUCAACCACUUCGAGUGUAAACCCAAGUGUGAGCAGAAGUCAAAACGCUUCAAAGAGAUUCUCCAUGAUUAACGAACCAACCAAUUCCGCUCAAUUGACGUAUAAUGCAUUUAAGAAACAACACGGAAGAUCUACGUCUUCAGGAUCAGCUUCCAACAUCUUCAUGAGUUCUAAUACAUCCAUUGACGAACAUAACGAGGAGAAUAUUCAGGUGGGUACUGUCGCCGCUCCUGGCGGAAACAAAAUCUCCACCAUUAUUGAACUGCCAAAGAGGCAUCCUUUAAGCGUGAUUAAUGAUACCACUUUUUCCAUAAAUCCUAACACCACCAUUCCUAUUCCAAUUGCGAUUUCGAAUUCGGAAAAGCCUGUUGAUGCUGGUGCCAAAGCUAUCCAUAGUAGCACCUCACGUUUACCUCACCAACCCAAGAAACCUAGACCAACUUCGUACCAUCCUUCCAGCUCAUACAGUGCAUAUAACAGCAGUAACCCAAGUGCAUUAGAUUUCAGGUAUCCUUCACCGAUCAACAUUCCUAUUCUGCAAUUCCUCCCACCUUCAAGCGGUUCUACUCCCAAGAAUUCACCCCCAAAGGGUUCACCUCCUAAGUCUGAUAUUGAGUCUUUGAGCUUGAGUUCCAGAAGGAACUCGGUGGUCACUGCAAUAAACGUUAAUGGCGUUUUGACCAGAGACAAUAGCGAAAAGAGAAACUCGGUUUUGAUUUACUUGGAGGACAGAAUGAACAACAUCGAUUUGGCCGAACGCGAACGUGAACCAGAAACCACUGUUUCGACAUCACCAAUAAUGAAAGUUACCACUCAUGUUUCCGUCGCUGAAGAACCAGCUUCUACUGCUGCAGUCCCAUCUGUUGAAAAGAUUGUGGAACCAACGCCCAGAAUCAGAGAAAGAUCCGAUAAGGUAGACAAGGAAACAAAGAGACGCAACAGAUUCAGUCUCUUAUCGAUUUAUUCCAACUACAGCACCAGUCAAGUAGACACCACACUUGUCCAAGCCGACUCUAGCAGACGGAAACCUGAUGUGGACAAACCGAAGGCAUCGGUGUCCAAUUCGUCAUCAAGCCUUGUGAAGCGUAACAAAGAAGUGAGUGCGGCCAAGAAGGUGAUGGACUUCUUUAAGAGACGCAGCAUACGUGUAACUUAGCCACCAAGAGACGCAUCGGUGGACCACUCGUUUAUAUAGUCCAUCCAUCCAUCCAUCCAAUACAGUAGCACUAGGCUUCAUGAGGUAAUAAAAACUAACCCCGGGAAUUUAAUUCAGCAUUUGUAUAGUAUUGUAUAAAAAUUUAUGUCGAGAUUUCGCAG